AUGAAUAUUUCGAUGGGCACUUGGUGCUCUAUCGAAGGCGGUGGUUGGGACUACUGCUGCUACAGGACCGAUCUCGGAGUCGACCACAUCGAUAUGCCGAUUUGGAACCUCUACGGUCUCAGAGGAACAAACGAGAAUCUCACAGAGCUCAGACCGUUAUUUGUAGAGCUUCUUGACUUUAUCAAAAAUUUCAUCUUUUUUAUCUCGAGCAACAUCUCUUCUUCUCUCGGCACGUCAUUUUCGCGUGCAAGAGAAGUACCAGAAGCUUGUCGCGUGGCUGAAGCUCGGGCGUUGGAGACAAUCGAAUCGGGGCAAUCGGUUUUUCGCGAGUUCUUCUCCACCUGGGAGUUGGCGACUCACCCGCAAUGUCAUCGGCUCUACAACGACUUCCGCGAAGACAUUAUCCAACAAUCAAGCGUCCCUGGGCUCGGCCUCCGUCUCAUCAACGAAUUCCUACAGUUCAUCGACGAGAAAUUCAAAGUGCUAGCGCUCGACGAAAAGAUAAUGGACCUCGACGACAAGAAACACCUCGGACCGCCGAUCCGAGAAACUUUCAAAGAAUUGGAAGCGUUCGUGGGCGCAUUCAAGCAGGACAUCUUCAACCGUUUUCCAAGUGGAAAGAACUGGAGAAAGCACGAGUUCGUCUGCAUGGCUCGACUGUUGAAAUAUCUGAGCAAAUAUCUCACUCCGAAGUUCAUCACGCCUUCUAGCGGGAUCUUUGAAAACGACAUCCAGGAGAUCAUCUACGGCUUCGCGCAAAUCUGUCACAAUAUCUGUGAAAACCUCGUCACUCUGACCGAAAAAGACUCGAAUGUACUCCUCGCUCUCGAGACUGUUCUUAUUCCGCUCAACGAAUCGAUAGGCAACAUGGCAGAAGCUUUAAGUAAAUUCACAGGUUCUAACUUCAAACACCUUCACAAAUAUGCUGCCUUCUCCGUCUACAGCUUUUGUCGAGUACUCCAGACGAUUGCUAAACGAAACGAUCUUGAUAAAACGAAGCAGCGCGAGAUCGUCGAGACCGGGCUCAAAAAUCUUGGAGGUUCCUUCAAGUACGUCUCCUCGAUUUCCAGAGACAAUGACAACUUCACAAAUCUGCAGCAUUGGAAUCUCAUCGAACUGACAAUCAACGAGCUUGCCAUUACUUGCGAAACAAACAAUCUUUGCAGCUACAAAAACUCGAACAGCAUGACAAUCUUCAGAGAGAUGGAAAUCGAUCUUCGUAAAAACCGUCAACCCUCAAAAAUGGACAUCGUCUACAUGAAGGCAUUUCUCAAUCAACUUUUUCUCAGCCUUAUAAACGAUGUGGUUUUCCGAGAAUUCGCUCUUCGAUAUGUUCGGAAGGAAGAUCAAGACCUACUCAAACUCGUCAUUGCUCAGCUGCGAGAAUUCUUCCCGAAGGAGACGAAAAAUAUUGCAGCAAUAAGUGUUUCCAUAGAAGAUGGCAAUGAUGAGCUGACGACAGUCUGGAAGAUGCUGUCCGUUUGGCAACGCGAUCUUCAAGCCGCGUGGAGCGAGAAAAUGGCAAAAGUCACUUCGAAGCCCCCGACACUCGACGUUGAAAAAUUAUCCAAGAUCAAAGUCAAAACUCAAUUCAAGAAGACUUCUUCUGAGUUGCAGGUAUGCAACUAUGUCAACACGUUCUACAUUGCGGCGCAACUUCUUUUGAUUCUUGGAAAACGAGAAGCUGGGAAUAGGAUCCUGAAAGACUUGCUUACAGCCCUCGUCGACUGGUAUUUUCUGAAGACUAAAAUUAUCGCUUCUGUGAGUGAGCUUCUCGGUGAUCUUGUGAUGGACUUGGGUUCGUCACUUUGGGUUGCGCGGCGGCAUUCUCAUUUCUCUACCCAGCCCGAAUACAACGAGGAUAUUCAUAAGACCCUGAAACGAGCGAAUAUUUGCCAUUUGACCUCGAAAGAUAAGAAACAUCUUGCUUUUGGUUAUAUGAUGUUCCAGGAUGGCAUCCCAGAGACCAAAAAGAGCUCCAUUGGUUGGAAAGAUGAGUCUAUCACCCGAAUCAUGUUACAAACCUCUCUCUCUGGAUCUUCCGGCUGGUCAGAUUAUCAUGACAAGGCCUUUGGUCAUGUGGGCUCGAUGAUAACUGCGAAUCAAACAAGCGGCCUUCGUUAUGCGAUUCAAAUCAUCAUCACUUUCCUUUCAAGUGCAUGCGAUCGGCGAUUCUACAAAACGAUCUUCCCUACUUCGGCGAAGGCCGAGGGUUCAAUGAAAGUCCAGAAAAUUGGAAGAGAAAUCAUUGCGACCCUGCGUGCGCUUGAGAAAACCAUCUGGAUAAGUGUCGACUUCAUCGAUGAUCUCAUCAAACGAGGCAUGUCGACCGAGGCGAGAAUGUUUUCCAACGAGCUGCUUGUUUUAUCCGAUAUUUGGGGAUUGCAGACUGCCAACAUAAUGGCAAAGACACUCCAAAUACGAGCACUGGAGCUUGAAGGUCAAACGAGCAAGUGGGAAGAGGAAAUUCAAGCUCUUUUAAAAGUCUUCGAUAUCAACGAGGACAACCCAUUUAUGCGCGACGUCAAUCCUCAAGCCAAAGCACAGGCGAUCUCACUUAACUCGCAAAUGGCAGAGAAAAUAAGGAAGAAAACGGAAACAACAAAAGCCUUCACAUUUCAACUUCCAGUUCUUCCUAAGAUUUGCAAGCUUGAUCUCGAUGUUGCGCGGAACUAUGUUAUUGCACUUACAACUUUGUUCCGUGUUCAUCCAGAUCCUACUCGAGCUGUCAACGCUGGCCUGCUCCUCUUUAAAGAGAUCGCUAUCGCUGGUCAUCAACUAUCGCAGCUACUCCUGGAGCUUGCAUACGUCAUCGUUCUUCGCGCGACGGAACUCGAUAGACCAUCUGACGCUGUCGAGUACGUCAAAAUUGCUCUCGACCCUGUCCGAAACUCCGAGAAAGCCAGUCCAAAGAAGUGCGGCCGAUUCGCGAAAUUGCAAGUGGCAAUCGUCAUUUACAAUAGAACCUUCGACGCGAACAAGGAAAAUCUUGAGCCAACCUCUAUUCUUUCGAAAUUUUUCGAUAAAUUAAUCGAAAUGAACAAAAAGGAUACGAUAGAGAAUGCUCGUCUCCUGAAUUUCGGUUCACGACCAGCCUCUCCAAUUGAGCCUGAGAUCGAAACAAUUUUCAGUGUGGGAGAUUCGCCUGAGAAUAUUUCAGAAGAGGCAGACCUGGAUGAAGCUCUCGCGACCGCCAAGAAAAACAGCGACAUGGAAACCAUCAGAGCGAUUUACAAUCUACGCAUAGGGCAGAUUCUUCGCCAGGAACAAGUGUCCCAGCAAAGCACGAUUGUCUUGAGCAAUUCUUCGAAGCUCGCCGCGCUUCACAUUGAUGUUAACGGCAUUGGAGCAGUUCUUGAGGCGCAGUACUACGCUCAUGCUCGCAUGUCCAACAAUGUCAGCUCUGUUCCGGAAGAGAAUUUGAGACAAGCCGAAGACAUGGCCGAGAAUAUAAGCAUUGAGUUUCCUUUCCUACGACAGGAACUGAAGGACACCGUCGUCUUGGUGAGUUUGAUUCCAGCUCUUUCGAAGACAUUAUCCUGCACAUACGAAAAUUGCCUCGCACUUGUCACUCGUUUGGAGCCCAACGGGAAAUGUAUUUCGAUCGGAUUCGAUGGUCAUGCACUUGCCAAAGAGGCUGUGCAAAUGCGCGACAUGUGUGACAAGAUUUCUGAAGAGAUUGGCAAAGAUGUCAAAAACCGUACCAAAUGGUGGAAGGUGCGCGAGAAACGAGAAAAGUACUGUAAGGAUUUAGUGCUGUCUGUUCUCCCAGAUGUUCUUGGUCCGGCUCUUGCUCUAUUCACAUUCUCUGAAAGCAUUACUUGGACCGAUGCAGUUCCCAAGCCCAAAAACUCUCUUCACGCCGACUUUUUGAGCCAUGCGAUUCGGGCUUGGUCUCAUAUGAACACUCUUGGCAAGACGAAUGUCGCUGGACUCGUUGGAGUGAAUAAACUGGAUCUCGAUCAUCUCGCAAAGAACCACGUCUUUGAAGAGUUGGAUUAUCAGCGGACAACCGCUACAUAUCUCAUCCUUGGACGAGUGGUUCAAUCGAUCGCCAUGGAAAGGAUGCCUAUUUGUCAGGGAAUUCAAAUGUCUAGGAUGCUUUCUGUGAGGCACGCGGAGUACAUCCUUCGACAACCGGCGAGCAAACGGUCGGUAGACAUCUCAAAUCUACUCUACGUCGUAGACAGCCAGGACAACCUAACGACUUCGCCCGCGACAGUUGGAAACUUCUUCAAGAGCGUCCAGCAAUGGGAUGGCUACGUUUCCAUCAGGCCGAAUUCAAGGGAGUUGCUUGAGAAACUAAAUAAAUUCGACCUCUACGUCUUUGCUGGGCAUGGAAGCGGCUCCGACUGCGUUGGCGGCUGGGGACGUGUGGCCAGACAAGGUGUAACAAGCACCAUGCACCUUUUCGGCUGUGCUUCCGGCAGACUUCUCGAUUAUGGUCGAACUGAACCGAGGGGUGCAGUGACAUGUGUCUUGAACUCUGGCUCUUCAUCAGUAAUGGGCAUGCUCUGGGACGUUACUGAUAGAGACAUCGACCGAUUUACGUUACGCUUGUACAAAGACUGGUUCUCCGCGGCGAGCAACUCGUCUAAAGAAACAGGACCGUGCCUCUCCCGAUUCAUCAACGAGUGCUCACGAGCCUGCAAGCUGCCAUAUGUCGUCGCCGGUGCGACUGUCAACUACGGGCUAAUCCCUAUCUGCCACAAUAGUCCUCAGGGUUGGGAUAAGGGAUUGCCUGAACAAAUUGACUACGAAGAGUCGGGCACGGUCGAUUUCUUUACCAAAAUUUUUGGUAAAAAGAUAGUUCACAUCUUUACUGCCACACAUCUUCAAACUUCACCGUUCUAA